AUGGUGAACUAUGCAAGUUGAGUUUGCAGUAACCACCAUAGAUGCUUUCUCCCUCACACAUAGUUCACACACUCUGUGUGUUUGUUAUUACUUAAAAUAUACUCUCUCUCUAUUUCUCUCUGUCUACAUUUGUACGCUACUCUGCUAUUUUCCACCUCCGUCAAAACGCAGCACCACUGAACUUCUUUCUCACUCUUCUUCUGUUACACACGAGAAUCUAAACUUUGCUACUCAGAAUAUGUACAUACAUAUUAUGUAUAUGUAUACAUAACCCAUCUCUCUGUUUAUCGAUUUUUGGGUGUGGGUUUAUAUACACAUACCCGCUUGUGUAUAUAUCUUUGAUCCUUCAUAGUUUCUCUCCCUACCUUCAUGAUUGGGUUCUGUCAUUUACAGUAAAAGGUUCAUACAGAAACACAAAGUAGAUAGAUAGAGAGAGAGAGAGAGAGAGGAAAUGUUGGAUCUGAAUAUUGAGGCAGUAUCAGUUGAUUCCAGCAAGUGGGAGGAUGAAACUGAUUACCACCGGAAAAUGGGCAUAACUCCGAUCAUCGCCGUCGCAGAAGGUGAUUCUUUAACUUCCACCACCACCUCAGCAACUAACAAUGCUGUCGAGGCCGACGAACAAGAUACCAACAGCUCCACCCGCAGGAACUCCCUCUCAACGCUAAAUUUCUCUAUCCUUAAAACAAACAUCAUAGAAAUUUCUGAUGAUCAAAAUAAUGACGAUAAAAAAAGCAGUAGCGAGUUACAGCUUUUUCCGACGAGCGCGAAUGAUGCAGCUUCGCCAUCGGCGGCUUCCAUGGCAAAAUUCUGGUUGAAUUUAUCGGUGCCGGAGGUUCCGGGGGAAUUGGGAAAUCACAAGGCCCUGCGUCAGCAGCCACCGGCGGUGAAGAAGAGUAGGCGUGGACCCAGGUCUCGGAGCUCCCAGUAUCGGGGAGUCACCUUCUACCGGAGAACUGGAAGAUGGGAAUCUCAUAUCUGGGAUUGCGGUAAACAAGUUUAUUUAGGUGGAUUUGACACAGCUCUUGCUGCAGCUAGAGCAUAUGAUCGAGCUGCCAUCAAGUUUCGAGGAGUUGAUGCUGAUAUUAAUUUCAAUAUUAGUGAUUAUGACGUGGACAUGGAACAGAUAAAGAACUUGACGAAAGAGGAAUUUAUUCACACUCUUCGUCGCCAAAGCACUGGAUUCGCUAGAGGAAGUUCAAAAUACAGAGGAGUAACCCUGCACAAAUGUGGUCGAUGGGAGGCUCGGAUGGGUCAAUACCUUGGUAAAAAGUAUACGUAUCUUGGUUUAUUCGACAGUGAAGUAGAAGCUGCAAGGGCAUAUGACGAGGCUGCUAUCAAAUCCAGCGGGGGAGAUGCUGUGACCAACUUUGAGCCUGGCAUCUACGAGAAGGAGAUAAAUAUGGCUGCCGGAGGUGGAGGUAUAGUUAGUGGCAACAGUCUUGAUCUCAACCUCGGAAUUUCUUGCUCAUCAGUUGGCGUACAAGGGAAUGAGAACACCAGAAACGUGCACUUUCAGUAUGGUUCUUGUGAAUUGCGUGAUGGAAAAAAAACAAAGGGCGAGAGCUCAUCUAAUGCACAUGAUCUAGCGACGGCACCCAAGUAUGCUCCCUUGUGGACUGGGGAAAGAGCUACAGGAAUGAAUACAGAAGCCAAUGCUUUGCCCGUAUUCUCAAAUUGGCCGUGGAAAAUGCAAAACAUUGGUGUCAUCACCCCCGUUCCAUUGUUGUCUUCUGCAGCAUCAUCAGGAUUCUCUUCGGUUACCAUUCCUCCUUCAAACUCCGUUGAGUCAUCAAACAUCCCAACUACAAUUUCAUGCUACACCUUCCAGCGCCCUCCAACAACCCUCGACUACAAGUAGCGUUCAACCAUCAUCACACGUUCAGUAGGUUCUCUUUAGUCUGUUGAAACUCUGCUAUCCAAGAAAGCCAAUUUCAAUCACUGUAAUUUUUCUUCGAUCAUGCAUAUAGUACGACGCAUAGAUUGAAAACACUGGAUGUGAUUGUGAUGUAUAGAUUUGAUUGAAAUCCAUACACUACACACUGUGAUAUUUUUUUGCAAUCUCUCUCUUGGGAAAUCUGCAUUUCUUUCUAAGAAAAUUCUUAACUUCUAUGAGAUGUAGGAAUGAUUUCUAGCCGUGUAUAAAACUGGCAUAUAUCAAGAUGCUAUUUUGAAUGGUGAUGGAUGUGCAUGUGUAUCAGCUAGCUUGUUCUUAGCAUGAAAGAAAAGUAAUUGCAUCUCAGUAUGCAAAUUCAAUUUU